GAGCUGGACGCAUGUUUAGAUGUUUUCUAGAUGUUUUCUGUUUCUCCUCCACUUAAGUUCCUGGAAUCCGUUGUGAACCUGACACCUUUCUUUCCUCUGCACCUCACAACCGUGCUGGUGAUGUUUAUGCACAUUUCAUGUCCUAAAUCCUCACCAGAUGAAGCUCAGAUGAAGGGGGAGGGAACACGUGGCAUUCACGAAAACCCCGCCACGUGACUUUGGUCAAGCAGGAAGUGCAUUGCUUUAUAGAACUGUACUGUAGAUCCUCCAGCCAACCUCUGAUUCUGAUCUUCUCACUCGACUAAAAAGGAAAAAAAACCGCCUUCAAGAUGUUCUGGAGGAUUUGUUUUAUCACCCUAGUGUGUGUUUUGUUUUCUUCUACCGCUGCAGAAACCAACUGUACAGUUCUAAAAUCCUGUACUAAAUGCUCAAACACAUCUGGUUGUGCAUGGAUGACAUGCUCAGAUGCUGUGUUGUCUUGCUACAUCAACACUACAGCUAACUGCAACACCACCGCCUGCUCAUCUGUGACAUCUACGACUCCUGCCGCCACGACGACCGCCAACGCUACUACAGCGGCCUCCAACACCAGCACAACCACCACCGCCUCGACCCCCGGCAACACCACUGCCUCGACCCCCGGCAACACCACUGCCUCUAAUACAACAUCUACAGUAUCCCAGCCCACUUCCAGCACCACCCCGUCAAAUGGUACGUCCCCGACGGUGGUGCCGCCUCCAAAGAAAAAUUCGACGUUCGACGCCGCCAGUUUCAUCGGCGGGAUCGUCCUCGUGCUCGGCCUCCAAGCCGUCAUCUUUUUCCUCUACAAGUUUUGCAAGUCCAAGGAUCGCAACUACCACACUCUGUAAACAAAAAAAAAAAAACGACACCGAGGCGUUUCGCGGUGUCGCGAUGCACGUCAACUAUACACACACACACACACACACACACACACACACACACUUCGAUUUCCCUCUGUCCUCUUGCGCCACAUCACGUGAUUAUUUGAUGCCUGUGGUUUGAGCUUUGCGUUUACAAGAAAAUGAGGAUGUGAUCACACACACACACACACACACACACACACACACACCUUAAAGCAGUGGCUUUGUUACAACCAACCACUUCUUCAUUACGAUGAGAUCUUUGAUCUCACCAAAAUAAAUAAAUAAAUAAAUGGCCACUGGUUUGUUCCUCGUCUAGACGAAGCAGGUUUUUCAGUGCCGCUGCUUUACAGGGUGGAGGUUAAAACAUCACGAUCACCACCUCCAUGUUCCUUCACACUUUGAGUUUGAGUGAAGUCGCACCGUACGAUUGUGUUUUCUGUUUGUUCGUGUUUUUUUUCUUCUUGCAAAUAGGGGGGCGGGGCAAAUCAAAGCCCCUCCCCCCAACCCUGCAAUUCCGGUCUCCUUCGAAGCCAUAGCUUGUAAUUCAUUUUGUUGUUGUUUCAAAUCGUGUGAACGUUUUUUUCCCUCUUUUUUUAUGCUUAUGUUCUUUUUUUUUUUUUUACACAGAGCAUGAUUUAUCCGCAAUAAAUUCUAGAAUAUCUAGCUCCUUACCGAAAAAUUGUGCUGCAUAGAUCGUUAAAUAGAACCGAUAAUGUUGAGGGUAACGGCGUAUCGCAACCCCGAAAAAAGUCCUGUUUUUGAUUAGUUUUUGUCCCCUGACAACUUUUAAAUCCCCAAAUCCUUGGGUUUGGAGACAGUAGUGAAUUUGUGUUUCUUAAGCCUUAAACGUAUGAAUGCAUGAGUAUAGACUUUGCCACUUCCUGCUGGAGCAGGCUGUGUGUGUGUGUGUGUGUGUGUGUGUGUGCGCUAUAUUAUCAGUGAGGGUGAUAGAGGCUGCCAGCUGGACUGUUUGUUAUAAUUAUAAAGAGAAUAUUAAUUCAUUAGGUAACAGUAGUUUGAGGUUGAAAGGUCAGCAGAGCGUUCCCAACCCCCCCUCCCCCUCGGCCCCGCCCUCCCGAGCCUGCCUUAGUUUUGUUUGUUUUUCUCUGCUAUGAGUCGUGUCUUGGACUCGUUCUUUGAGUUGUCUGGAAUAAUCAGGGCGUUUAACAACUGGUGUGAAGGUACUAGAAAAUAAAUAAAUAUAUAUAUCGAAUUACAAGAAAAAACAGAUUUUUUUAUUAUUAUUAUUAUUAAAAGACCUUCAGGCCACUGGUGCGAUGUCUCUCACGUCCUGUUUCCAUUUUCUGUUCGGUGGAUUUCCCCUUUUUAAGAGCAGGAAAAGUGAAGAAAAAAAAAAAACCAGCUGCUUCGGUUCUCAGAAUUUUUCCAUUUCUAGCAAAAUCCGGAUGCCGUUUUAUAUAUAUAUAUAUAUAUGAUUAUAGUAUUUUAUUUUCUUGACCUGCCAAAAUCCACUCUGCAUGUUUUCAGCACUUCGCACCGCUGUUUAACUUCCUGCAGACGAACAGUGCUUGAAUACGAAUGAAGGGUAACUUUAGGGUUUGAUUGGAGCUCGCUGCUAAAUAAAACGCCCACGUCGCCGGAGCUGUUUGUUGUGUGCCAUUAUUUGAUUUUAGAUAUAUAUUAUUAAUAGCCGUCUGUUUUUUUUUUCUUCGCGUUACCUUUUUAGUUUCGACCCGUUACAAAACGGUCGCUUUCUGAGCCGAGCAGGUUGCACCAUACACCAGUCACCACAGUGUUGCGCUAUUCGAAGCGCUUGAGAGUUUGCAUUAAUCUCCGGAUGUUGGAUCCGUUCUUCAGUAGCGAAAUGAAAUUUGCGUCGUGGUUUUUGAACUUCCUGCUCUGACCUGAUGAUGAUGUCGGAUACGACACGGUGUCCGUUUCUUCAUCAAGUCGGAUCUGGAUGUCGUUGAAGAUAAAGAUGACGAUGUUGGAUAGUGUUGGAUGUUGAACAUCCAGGCCUGACUUGUUUGAUACAUCAUGGUAUCAGUUAUUAAACAUCCACAUGUCCCACAAACGUCAUCCCGAUUUCCAUAGAAACCCCCAGUCGUUUUUUUCACCCCCGUAAUCACUUGUUUCUUGUCGCACCUCUUGAAAACAAAGUGCCUUACCGAUGUAGAAGUUCGUUCGGGGAAAAGAAGAAACUCUUAACGAGGACAUGAUGAAGAGAGUCGAGUGGAACGCUUGCUCCGUCCCGUUCGUCCUCGUUGCGAGUGUGUAUCCGAACGUGCCUAGUUUUUGUUUGUUUGUUUGUUUUGGCGUAUGCGUUUCCUGCACCUACACUUGCUAUUGCUUUUGUUUGCCUUAAAAAUGUCUUUCGCCUCAAAUUGUUUUUUUUUUUCGUGCAACUUUUUCUUUUUUUUUGCUGAUUUUGGUUUGAUGUUCAGAAAAUCAAUAAUUAAUUAAAAACGACAUGGAAAACCAGA